AAAAGGUAAACACGGAAAAGUUUAUAUAAUUACUUCUUUAGAGCCUCCCUAAACUAGGAGAAAAGCAGAAAGUAAGUUGCUUCAUUGUACUUGUAUACAAAUAGAUUGGAGAUUAGUUACUCUGACAUGUAAGCUCGGGGAUCUGCCUCUUAUGUCGUAUUUAAAAUUUUUGAAUGCGAUACAAAUUUAUGGUUUUUUUGAAACUUAUUUACACCUUUGUGUCGAAAUGAAGCUUAAUAACAAAAUUAUUGUCCACGUAGGCUUGAAUAAGGGUUUUUCUUAUUUUAGUGAAGUAGCGGCUUACAUAGUAAAAUCAAAACUAAAUAACGGUUUAGUGACCUUAGCUCUAAUCAAAACUAAAUAACCGUUUAGUGACCUUAGCCCUAAAAGAAUUGAAGAAUACCGAACUAUUUAGGCCAAUAUGGACCAUUUUUUUGUACUCUGCCGUAAUUAAAAUUUCCGACGUGAAAUUGUAAAUAAACCUCACUUUAAAAAUAAAAAAUAAAAAAAAAAAAAAAAAAAAUCAGAAAAGUAGGUCUUUUUCCUAAAAAAAAUAAUUAUAAGACCGGCCUCAUAUGAUUUGGCUCCUUCAAAGUUCAAACAACGAGAGAAAGGCUUACUUAUUAUCUGUGGCACCAAACAAUUGAGCUUUCUAAACCAUUGUAAUCAAACUUGUAUUGAAGAAGAAACCAAAUUUAAUCAACAACCCAGAAAAAAAUCAAUCUUUUCAAUGUGAUGUGGGUACUUAAUUCUCCCCAAAUCAUCAAACCACCAAUCUCUCGCUUACCUAUCAAACACAGAACAUCUUCGACACAACCAAUCACCUCCGUCGUUUUCUGCUCUUCCGCCGCCGGCGCCGCCGCUGAAACCGCCAAUAAGAACCCCACAAUUCAGUCAUUAUGCAAGAAAGGAAAUCUCAAACAAGCCCUUCAUCUUCUUUCCUCAGAAUCAAAACCAACCCAACAAACUUACGAGCUCUUAAUCCUCGCUUGUGCCCUCCAAAAGUCUUUUCCUGACGCUUUUGCUGUUCAUCGCAACAUUGUUGAUAAUGGGUUUGAUCAAGAUCCGUUUUUGGCUACUAAAUUGAUUGAUAUGUACUCGGAAUUGGACUGUAUUGAUUAUGCACGCCAAGUGUUUGAUAAAAUUCCUAGGAGAACUAUUUAUGUUUGGAAUGCUAUUUUGCGUGCUCUUACAUUGGCUGGUUAUGGGGUUGAGGCAUUGGGUCUUUAUAGGGAGAUGAAUAGGAUUGGUAUGCCCUGUGAUAGGUUUACUCAUACUUAUGCAAUUAAGGCUUGUGUUGUGUCUGAAUCAAUGACUACUUCGUUGUUGGAGAAAGGGAAGGAGAUUCAUGGCCGGGUUUUGCGACAUGGGUAUGAAACCCAUGUGCAUAUCAUGACAACUUUGCUAGAUAUGUAUGCUAAGUUUGGAAAUGUGUCGUAUGCGAGCUAUAUUUUCGAUGGGAUGCCUGAUAAAAAUGUUGUUUCUUGGAGUGCUAUGAUUGCUUGUUAUGCUAAAAAUGAGAGGCCAUUGGAGGCAUUGAAUCUUUUCCAUGAGAUGGUGUAUGAGAUUAGGGGUUUUUCGCCCAAUUCAGUGACUAUGGUUAAUGUACUUCAAGCCUGUGCUGCUCUUGCAGCUUUGGAACAAGGCAGGCUGAUUCACUGUUAUAUAUUGAGAAGAAAUCUUGAUUCCAUACUGCCAGUUACUAGUGCCCUCAUGACUAUGUAUUCAAGAUGCGGGAAACUUGAGGUUACACAGAAGAUUUUUGACCAGAUGGAUAAGAGGGAUGUUGUUUCGUGGAAUACAUUAAUUUCUAGUUAUGGAAUUCAUGGUUUUGGUAUGAAGGCUGUUCGCGUUUUUGAGGAAAUGCUUAGUAGGGGAAUUAAACCUAGUGCCAUCUCUUUUGUGAGUGUAUUAGGAGCUUGUAGCCAUGCAGGGCUUGCUGAUAUGGGAAAAAGGUUAUUUGAUUCAAUGACCGAGCAGCAUGGGAUUUCUCCAAGUGUAGAGCACUAUGCAUGCCUGGUAGAUCUAUUAGGCCGUGCCAAUCGAAUAAAAGAAGCAGCUAAAGUUAUAGAAGACAUGAAAAUUAAGCCAGGACCAAAAGUUUGGGGUUCUCUCCUUGGCUCAUGUAAGAUUCACGGUAAUGUUGAGCUUGCAGAGAGAGCAAGCACUCAACUUUUUCAACUCGAACCUGCCAAUGCUGGAAAUUAUGUGCUGUUGGCUGAUAUUUAUGCAGAAGCUGGAAUGUGGGAUGAAGUGAAAAGAGUGAAGCAGCUUCUAGAAGCCCAGGGACUGCAGAAGGUUUCUGGUCGAAGUUGGAUUGAAGUGAGAAGGAAGAUCUUCUCGUUCAUGUCAGUUGAUGAGCUUAACCCCCAGAUUGAGCUGAUUCAUGCUCUUUUGGCUGAGUUUUCUGAGGAGAUGAAGCAACAGGGAUAUACCCCACGGACCGAACUUGUUCUCUAUGACCUUGAAGAGAAGGAGAAAGAACGGAUUCUCCUGGGACACAGUGAAAAACUAGCUGUUGGCUUUGGACUCAUAAAUACUAGCAAGGGAGAAACCAUAAGGAUCACUAAGAACCUACGGUUAUGUGAAGAUUGUCAUACUAUGACCAAGUUUAUCUCCAGAUAUACCAGCAGGGAGAUUAUGGUUAGGGAUGUUAAUCGCAUUCAUCAUUUCCGUGAUGGUGUUUGCUCCUGUGGCGAUUACUGGUAGUCUCAUGUAAAAUUUAUGCUGAUUCUUUAUACCAUAACAACAUAAAGAAAUCUCAGUUGGACCUAGAUGAAUUUUAUAUGUUGUACAGUGACCACAAGAAAUUAAACAAAUUAUAGGUUUUUUUUUUUUUUCACAGUUCCUUCGCAGUUGCAUCAUUUAUUUUUUUUUUCUUUUUUUUUUGGUAAAUCACAGUUGCAUCAUUUUUUAGUCUAACCAGUUUUCAGGACAAUGUGCUAAGUAGUUUCUGUGCCCACUGAGCCUUUGUUAGAGUAAUAAUUUUUUUGAUGCUUCAGUUGGUGUUUGGGAUUAUACUUGGUACCACAUUAAGGAGGCAUUAAUCAAAAUAUCCUUUGAUGUUAUGCAUCAAAGCUAGCAUGGCUACUCAGGUACGAGGGGGCUCAG